AUGGUCCUCCUCCUCCUCCUCAAAGACCUCCUCAAGGGCCACCCCAAUGGGGUUAUCCCGGUCAACAAUGGCGGCAACCCCCGCCUCAGCCCUAUCCCCCUCAGCCCUACGGCCAUCACCCGCAACCGUCAUAUCCAGGUCCCAGCCAUUCUCCUUACCCACCUUCACCUUAUCCUGCUUAUCCUCAACACCCUCCCGCUCAACCUCCGUCUCCCUAUGGUCACACCCCCUCUCCUCGACCACCUUCUCACCAGCACAGUCUAA